GGUGCUGAAUAUCUUGGCGAGUAUUAUCCCAAUCAUCCAGUCAUUCAGAAUUUCUGGAAUGUGUUUAAUGUAUUUGAUAUGACGAAUAAGAAGAAAUUUCUGGGUACGUUUUGUUCAUUUUAAUAUUUUUUCCCCAACAGUGAAAUAAUCCUGAAGUAUUUUUUCUGUAUUUUAUAUUUCUUAUAGUUUUCCUAACGGGAACCGAUCGAGUACCUAUAACAGGAAUACGAAGCUUAAAGGCAAGUAAUUUUUAUUGUCCCCAGCGGCAGGUUUAUACUAUCAAAAUGUUUUUUGAGCAAAGUACGGUGUUAUCAAAGUUUAUUAAGUGUAAACCUCACAAACACAUUGUUGUGGAAAUAUUGGGAAAAUUUUUUGUUUGCCUGCCCUUGUAAACAUUGUUGCGGAAAUAAAAAUUCCUGGUUUACCCUCCUUCAGGAAACAUGGUUAGGAAACAAUGUUUCAUGGUUUGCCUUCCUUCAGGAAACAUGGCUAGGAAACAAUGUUUCCUGGUUUGUUCACCUUCGGGAAACAUGGCUAUAGGGCAUAAUGUUCCCUGGUUUGUUCACCUUCAGGAAACUGACUAGGAAACAAUGUUUCCUGGUUUGGCCAUAUUUGGGAAACAUGGCUGGGAAACAGUGUUUUAUCGUUUGCCCACUUGCGGGAAACAUGGCUAGGAAAUAAUGUUUCCUGGUUUGUCCGCCUUCGGGAAACAUGGCUAGGAAACAAUGUGUCAUGGUUUGUCCGCCUUCAAGUAACUUGGCUGGGAAACAAUGUGUCAUGGUUUGUUCACAUUCAAGAAACAUGGCUAGCAAACACUGUUUCAUGGUUCGUCCACCUUCAAGAAACAUGGCUAGGAAACAAUGUUUCCUGGUUUGCCCACCUUCGGAAAUAAUGGCUAGUAAACAAUGUUUCCUGGUUUGUCCACCUUCGGGAAACAUGGCUAGGAAACAAUGUUUAAUUUCUUGGUCAAGCCCAAGCUUCGCCCUUGGGAUAUUUCAUCCCUGCAGUGAAUCCCCAUAACUGAUAAAAAUGUAGCCUGCGUGGCAGGCGGAUUUUCUACGGGCAGCGAAAAUUAGGGAGGCAAAGGAAAAAACCGCCUGCCACGCAGGCUAAUAAGAAUGUUAUGUUUUCAUACAAUGUAGAUAAAGAUCCAGCCAGUCUCAGGCGGAGUCAAUAACGAACAUUUACCAGUAGCUCACACGUGUUUCAACUUACUCGACUUACCACGCUACCCGACCAAGGAAAUGAUGAAACAAAAAGUGGAGCAGGCCAUUAGUUAUUCAUCUGGCUUCGGAUUGGCGUAA